AUGUCUACAAACGCUUCCACAUCCUCUUCCCUCAACCCCAAAGUCUGGCUCAUAACAGGCUGUUCCUCUGGCCUAGGACUCUCCCUCGCUCUCCACGCCCUACAAAACAACCAACACGUAAUAGCCACCUCCCGCAAUCCCUCCAAAACACCAGAACUGGUCUCUCAAAUCGAGUCCCUCGGUGGACACUGGCUCACCCUCGACAUCACAUUACCAGAAGCAGAUCUCGCCUCCAUCGUCUCAAAAGCAACCUCAAUCUAUGGAAAAAUAGACGUCCUAGUAAAUAACGCGGGCUACGCCCUCCUAGGAGCCUUCGAAUCCAUCACCGAGAAGGAAGCACGUUCACAGAUGGAAACGAAUUUCUUCGGGCCGAUGAAGUUGACUCGUCUUGUUCUGCCUGGGAUGCGGAAGUGUGAGAGUGGAAUGAUUGUACAGAUCAGUUCUGCGGCGGGGAUUGAGGCAAAGGCUUCGCGUGCACUGUACUCGGCGAGUAAGUUUGCGUUGGAAGGCAUGUCGGAGGCGUUGUAUAAUGAUGUUAAGCCGCUGGGUGUUAGGGUGUUGCUUGCUGAGUUGGGGUUCUUUAAUACGCCUUUUGCGGCGUCUUGUUUGCCUGCUGAGAAAGGUGUGCCGGAGGGGUAUGAGGGGACUGCGGUGGAGGUUAUGAUGGAUGCUGUGUUGAAGGGUGGGCAGACGAAUGCGGUGAAUGAUGUCGGGAAGGGGGCGGCGAGGAUUUUUGAGAAUGUUAUGGAGGGAGGUGUGGAGAGUGCUUUGAGGUUACCGUUGGGUCAGGAUUCUAUUGCGAGGUGUAGGUUUGUUGUUGAGAGGUGGGAGGAGACUUUGAAGGCAGCGGAAAAGAUUGAUGUUUCUAUCUAA